AUGAACGACUUUGAAUUAUCGAGUAGGAAUAUGAUAUUUAGUGAUACAGUAAACUCAAAAGAAAAUCUUAAAGAAUUAAAGAAAAAUAUAAAAAGAGAUAAUAUAUAUAUGGAGACGAAAAAAAAGGAAAAUAAUAAUGAAAUUGAAAAAAAAGAAGAAUAUGAGAAAAAUAAAGAUGAUUAUAAACAAUUGGAAAAAAAAUAUAAAAUACCAAACGAUAAUGAAGAUAAUUUUUAUAAUUAUCAAAAUUUUACAUUAGAUCAUGAAAAUAGUACAACUUAUGAAAAUUUGUCUGUUAAAGAAUUUAGUGAUGAAGAAGUAAGUUCUGAAAAUGAAUAUAAUAAAAAAAUAAAAAUAAAUAAAAAUAAUUCUAUCAAAUAUAAUAAGGAUAUAAUUAAUUAUGAUAAAAAUUAUUAUGAUCAAAAAGGACAAAAAAACAUAACUCAAAAUUCAUUUUUUCAAUAUCAACAAACUAAUGAAAAUAUUCAAAAUAAUUAUUCUACUCAACCUGUAUCAAAAAUAACACAUAAUGUUGAUGAAUGGAUAAAUAAAUUAUUAAAAUGCCAAUUAUUAACUAUUGAAGAAGUUAAAUUAAUGUGUACACUUUUGAUUGAUAUAUUAAAAAAUGAACCCAAUUGUGUGCAAGUUCCUGUCCCAGUUACAGUUGCUGGUGAUAUACAUGGCCAGUUUUACGACCUUUUAGAGCUAUUCCACAUAGGAGGCCUCCCCCCCGAUGUCAGUUAUCUCUUUUUAGGCGAUUAUGUGGAUAGAGGAUAUUAUUCAUGUGAAUGUUUUUGUUUAGUAGCUUGUUUCAAAAUUAAGCAUCCAAGUAAAAUUACAAUAUUAAGAGGUAAUCAUGAAAGUCGACAAAUAACAAAAGUAUAUGGGUUCUAUGAUGAGUGUAUAAGAAAAUAUAAUAAUGAUUCAAGUGUUUGGAAAUAUUUAACAGAUGCAUUUGAUUAUUUACCAUUAACGGCAAUAAUAAAUAAUCAGAUUUUUUGUGACCAUGGUGGUAUAUCACCAUAUUUACAAACAAUUGAAGAUAUAAAUAAAUUAGAUAGAUAUAAGGAAAUACCACAAGAUGGUGCAAUUUGUGAUUUAUUAUGGAGUGAUCCUGCAUCAUCUGAAGAUGAAGUUAUUGAUGGAUGGAAACCUUCUCCUAGAGGUGCAGGUGUUUUAUUUAAUGAAAAAAAAACUAAUACAUUUUUACAUAUAAAUAAUCUUAGUUGUAUAUGUCGAGCUCAUCAAUUAGUUCAAGAAGGUUUUCAAUGGAUGCAUAAUGAUAAGGUCGUUACAAUUUUUAGUGCACCUAAUUAUUGUUAUCGGUGCGGAAAUGCAGCAUCCUUAAUGUUGGUCGACGAAUUUAUGGAAAAAGAUUUUGUCACAUUUAACACUGCCCCGUUAAGGGCAAAUCCACACACUUUAAGAAACAACAUUGACUAUAUGUUAUGA